AUGAGAAACAGUCAACGAAGACUGGCUGAUUGGGAUAAGUUUGAACAUUUCUGUGAAUUUCAUUCCCGUCUUUUCCCCUUUUCGUCCAAUGUUCGUCAGGAGUCCUCACGUUUUCAAAAAAUUAUCCGUUCUGCAGCCAAUUAUUCCAUACCUCAGUCCUCCCCUAAAUCAGCCAAACCUGCAGCUCGUUGGUGGAAUAGUGAACUUUGUGCGUUUAGGCAACAAAAACAAUUUGCUUGGCACGAAUUCAAGCGCACUCGUUCAAAAGCUAACUUAAUGCAAUACAAAAAAUCUAAUGCGAUUUUUCGUCGUAAGGCGAAAGCUGCUAAAGUUCUCUGUUUUCAAAAGUUCACUAGCGAAAUCAAUUCCUCUUCUAACCCAAAAAAGAUCUGGGCUGACAUAAGGAGACUGUCUGGUUUAACCUCCUUUUCUCCGAUUUCUCUCCUCAAUUCUCCUCGUGGCAAUCUUCUAUAUCCGCAAGAUAUAGCCUUAGAAUUUGCGCUUCACUUUUCCAACGUUUUCUCGGAUUCCAUCUUUUCUCCUGAAUUUUCCUCCAGCAAACUGACCGUGCUUUCCUCCCCUUACCUGCCUCCCUCGAACUUGUCUUCUUCAGCUAGGUUUUUAGAUUCUGAUAUAUCCAUUCUUGAACUCCUCUUUGCACUCUCUGUAGUUAAAGGCAAAACCCCAUUAUAG